ACCCGGAGGAUUCGCUGGCCUGUCGUCGCGUCGAAUACGCCCGAGAAUCCUCUCUCGAUCACGUGAGAGAGAAAGAGAGAGAGAGAGAGAGAAGAGAGAAAGAGAAGAACGAGAGAGAGAGAGAGAGAGAGAAAAAGAAAGAAAAGAGGACGAACGAGUUGAGCCCUCUUGGCUAUACGGAGGACCAAUAACUUAAUCGUCGCCACGUGUCGUCGAACUUGUCCUUUUCUUCUUUUAUCUCAUCGGCUUUUUUCGUCCUCCUACGACAUUGUCAUUAAAAAGGAAGAGAAGAAGGACGGACGCGGAAGAAAGAGAGAAAGAGAGAGAAAGAAAGAAAACGAAAGAGAGAAAAGAAAGACAGAGAGACAGAGAGAGAGAGAGAGAGAGAAAGAGCGGAAGGUGGUGGAUCGUCGGGCGAUGGGGUGGGGAGGCGAUCUCGCGAGACAGUCGGGACGAUCGAAAGUAAUCCGCCAUGUCAGGGGGACGCCAUAAUAUCGUUGACGAGAAGCGUGCGAUAAUCGCUGGAGGCGUUCGAUGAUCUUUCGAUAAUCGAUCGAUAGGAUCGUAUCGUGUUACGUUCGUUGCUUCGUUCGUUCGUUCGGAAGAGAAGUAGACGCCGGUAAACUCGUUCGUUCUUUCGUUCCUUCGUUUGCUCGCUCGCUCGCUCGCUUGCUCGCUCGUUCGUUCGUUCGUUCGUUCGUUCGUUCGAGCCGAAGGAAAAGCCGAGUGUUCGCGAUACAUUCGUUCGUUCGUUGGUUGGUUCGUUCGUUCGUUCGUUCGUUCGUUCGUUCAUUCGUACGUUCGUUCGUUCGUCGUUCGUACGUUUUCGAUCUCGUGUCGCGACGAUUCGAAAGAGAGUGUAAACGUGCAAACAAAAACCAGAAACGUAACGACGAUCAUCGUGGUAGAGACGAAAAAAAGGAAAAGGAGAGAUAGACAGACAUAGAUAGAGAGAGAAAAGGAAAAAAAGGGCUCGAUCCUCGUUCGAUCCCUCGAAAGUGUUGUUGUUAAUCGUGGAUGGCGAACAUACGUGUUGAAGAAACAACGAGGAUCGUACGAUGAGCGACGGUAUUGCCGGUGCGAUCGCGAUCAGUUUAUUCGGACUCGUAUUCCAGGAGACGAGAAGAAGAGGAGGGACAGCAUGGACACAGCGGGUUACUCGGUUCUCUCCAACGACGACGUCUGCAGAAUGUUCGAUCAGUAUUCCUAUAAGAGAAACGACAAUCUCGAUUUGUCCUUGAACGACGGCUACAAUAUGGCUGACCAGACAUUUCACACGCCGAGUUUUGGGGAUGAGGUAUUCGACAUUCCACCGAUUCAUCCGCAUCCACAUCAGCAACAUCAGCCGCCGCCCCAGCAGCAACAACAACAGCAACCUCAGCAACAGCAACAACAGCAUCAUCAACAACAUGAUCCCAUGCACGGGUAUCAGUCGCAGAUGAUACAGUCCGCUGGAAUGCAGCAAUCUCCGGACGGCCUCAGUCUCGAUCCCGGUGGGUACCAACAACCGUUGUACCUGCAACAGGAACACUCGAUGCAGGCCAUCAAUGUCAGUUCAGCGUACAGUAGUCCUCAAGGAUCGUACACGAGCAUGAGCUCGCCGCGUCAACAGCAUAGCAAUUUGUUGUUACUUCAACAACAACAGCAACAACAACAACAGCAACAACAUCAACAGCAGCAACAACAUCAACAACAAGUGCAGCUUCAACAUAUGCAAUAUAUGCAUUCUCAGCAACAACAGCAACAACAACAACAACAACAGCAACAACAACAGCAGCAACAGCAACAACAACAACAACAACAACUUCAAUUACAAUAUAGAAGCCCUACCGGUGGAAGUCCUCCUGCUAUGCAAUCAAACAUUCCAGAAAAUAAUAACAAUACUACGACCAGCGAAGAUAGCGACGACAGCACUCCUCAUUCGGGGACUAUCGCAGGUAUUAAACGACCAUCACCGGAACCAACCGAUGUCGGAGCUAAAAAUCAGAGAAAAACUAAAUCACAAAAGAAGAAGAAGAAGAGGGACCCUAACGAACCUCAAAAACCAGUGUCGGCUUACGCUCUCUUCUUCAGGGACACACAAGCAGCGAUCAAAGGACAAAAUCCUAACGCUAGUUUCGGCGAAAUUUCGAAAAUCGUUGCAUCAAUGUGGGAUGCUUUGGAGAUCGAACAUAAGAACGUUUAUAAGAAAAAGACUGAAGCGGCUAAGAAGGAGUAUUUGAAGGCGUUGGCAGCGUAUAGAGCAUCCUUGGUUAGUAAAGGAGCUGCAGAGAAUGAACAGCAACAGCAACAGCAUCAACAACAACCACAACAUCAGCAACAACAGCAGCCACAAGUGCAGUACACCGGAUACGCUAGUUAUGGUGGAAAUGGCGGACAAGGAAACGUUGCAUAUGAAGUUUAUAGUCCUCAACCUCAACCACCGUCGCCUCAGCAACAACAUCAACAACAUCAGCAUCAACAUCAGCAACAGCAACAACAGAUGGCCAUUAAGAAGUCACCGCAUCAUCUUACGAUGCAGGGUAAUCCUCAGCAGCAGGCACAACAGGGAUUAUUGGGCAAUGCUAUGGCAUCGGCGCAUAUGACGCAACAACAACACAUGCAGCAACAGGUGUCACAGCAGCAAUACAUGCAGGUGCCGCAGCAACAAGUACAGCAGGUACAAGUACAGCAACAACAACAAAUGAUACAUAUGAGUCCUCCUAGAGGAGACUCACUUUCAAGCCCACCUCCGGUAAGUGCUUCGCAAGCUGCCAUGGUAGGACAAAGACCACCGACAAAUGCAUGUAUCCGUCACGGAUGUCCAAAUCCUGCUGUAGCCAAUAGCGAAUGGGAAGAUGAGUAUUGCAGUAAUGAGUGCGUGGUCAGCCACUGCAGGUUUGUAGAUGUCUUCACCACGUGGGUAUCAUCGAAUCAAAAUCCACAGCAGAACUUCUCCACUGUGAAAUAAGUGUUUACGCAAAAGAGGUCGAACUACGUCGUUAAAUUACAUCGAGGCUCUGUAACGUGCAGGGUCUGUUGUUAAGUAAGAUAUCUAAACUAAUGUGUAUAUAUAGGCAGCAAGAAGGAGAAUGAGAUAAAAGUAAAAGUCAGCGAGAGUACGAUCGUAAAAUAAAAAAAGAAACAAACAGGACUUAAACGGAUAUGUCACACAAUACAAUCUCGUGUAUGCGAAAGAAACAACGUAGCAUCGUCCAUCAGGAAGUGUCGUCUAAUCACGUUAUAUAUAUAUAUAUAUAUAUAUAUAUAUAUAUAUAUAUAUAUAUAUAUAUAUAUACAUUUCGGAUCAGAUAGAGAAAGCGGAUACGUUACUUUGUAGAACGGGAAGAUACGUGUAAAUUAAGAAGCCUUAUUCACAAUAAUCAAUUACUCUGGUCAAAACACUGUCUAUCUACAAAAGCUCGGGGGAUAAUAAUUAUUAGUGCGGCUUUUUAAAUACGAAAGAAAUGAGACUUGUCGAUUUUCUUUCAUAAACCGCAAUAAUAAUAAUAAUAAUAAUAUAAUAAUAAUAAUAAUUAAUAAUUAAUAAUAAUAAUAAUAAUAAUAAUAAAUAAUAAUAAUAAUAAUAUAAUAAUAAUAAUUAUAAUAAUAAUAAUAAACAUCAUUGUUUGUCGAUAGACGAGGCGUGCCAACUGUACAGUUAACAGUACGUUCGUUCAUUUAAAUUAACGAAAUCGAUUAAAAGCGGGUGGCAAUUUUUCACAAACGAUCGUGAAUAUACUUUGUGAUCGUUCACGAUGAAACGACAUAAAUAAGUGUCGUCCUUAUUCUAUGAAUUGCAUUAUUCAUACGUAAAAUGAAAAUCCUAUGUGGAUAGUUAAAUAGAGAGCAGAGAAUAUUAGUCACGCACAAUGGUGCGGGGAUAAUAAGAAAUGAAAGAGAGAGUGAGAGGGAGAGAGGGAGGUAUAUUGCAUGUAAAUAAUAAUAAUUGCGAUAAGAAAUACAUCCCAUUUAUAAUAAUAGUGAAAGAAAAGUGCGAUAAGAGAGAGAGAGAGAGAGAGAGAGAGAGAGAGAGAGAGAGAGAGAGAGAGAGAGAGGGGAUGAGUAAAAAAAAAUCGUCUGUAUAGUAAAAACUGUAUUACCUGGCAGUGCCAUGGGCCGCGGUUGUUGCAUGUUUUUCCCCCCUUCUAUACUUAGCUAGGAAUAUUAUUAAUCAUCUAGUAUGAUUAUAUUUAUAAAUAUGAACAUAUAUGUGUAAUUGGUUGGUCAAUUAUAUAUACAUGUUUAAACAAUAGAAUUCUAGCGGGUAUCAACAAAAAAGAAAAAAAAAAGAAAAAAAAAGAAGAAAAAAAAAUGAUGAUGAUGAUGAUGACGAUGAUGAUGAUGAUGAUGGUGGGUACCCAGCGAUGAAUCCGAUUCAGACUGUGUUUUUGAAUAUAAAAAGAGAUAAAUUAAGAUGGAAAGACUUGUGAAAGCAGCUAAUUCUUGUUUGCCCCUGACUUUCGUGGUUCUACCGGUAUCGUAACGUGUUUCUAAUUAAUAUUUAUCAUUUAAUACGAUCGAUCAUAUAUUAUAUAUAUGAUAAGAGUCAAAUUGAGGCAUAUCAUGGUAUUUAUUUUAUAUUCUUCGCAAUUUAUAUUUUACGGUACGAUAUAAUUAUUUGUCGCAAUUUUACAAUUCUUUUUUUCUCCACGCUAAAUACGAAUUUUAAUCGACAAUAAGCAAAUCGACGGAAAAAGAAAGCUUGUUUAAAUUAAUAACUUAAAUUAAAAAAUAACAACAGUUGGAAUGUACAAAAUGAUAAGAUAUCGUUGUUGCAUACUUGCCGCAUACAUGUUUUUGUAUUCACGUAUAUACAUACAUACAUACAUACAUACAUACAUACAUACAUACAUACAUCCAUACAUACAUACAUACAUACAUACAUACAUACAUACAUACAGAUACACACAUGUAUACUUUACAAAUAAGUUUAAGAAAGAUAUAUCAUUUCCAUAGGAAAAGAAAAAAGAAAAGUAUAGAAAAAGGCCACCUUGAAUUUGAGGCAGCCGUAACACACUUUAGUACCUAGAUAUUUUGCUAUAAUUUACGAUUUUAUUUUAUUUUUUUAAUUAUUAUUAUUAUUAUUAUUAUUAUUAUUAUUAUUAUUAUUAUUAUUAUUAAUAUUAAUAUUAUUAUUCUUUUAUACGUAUAUAGUGCAAAUUUUAUUUUACAAGUAUCAUUGUUUUUUUUUUUUCUUUCAUUCUACUUCUUUUUCUUUUUGUUUAUUUUACAUAUAACAACGAUUGAAAUAUUUAAUUUUUGCAUCGACAAAAUAUAUAUAUAUAUAUUUCUUUUAUUAUUAUUUUUUUUUUUAACUUACGGAUAUAAACAUAUUUGGCGUUUUCAUAUAUUUGUUAAAUUUGUAUGAAUAAAUGAUAUAAAGUAUAUUUGGGAAAUGAAUGUUAAUGGGCAGUUCAAGUAUAAAUUUCUUUACAUUGACGUUACUUUAACAAAUCGGUAUUUUAUAAUAUUUAUGAUCACAUAAUCACACAUACGUACACACACACACACACACACACAGAGGGAAAAAAAGAAAAACAAAGAGACAAUUCAGAUUUUGCGAAUGAAUGCGUACUUUCGCUUAUUUUUUACAACUAGUAUUUAAAAUUAUCAGUUCCAUAUUUGUGGUAAGCACCCCCAAGUCUAUCAUACGUGGGCAUAUUUUAUGGAAAGAGUCAAAAUAUAUCAGUGAAUAAUAUAUAGUCAGAUUGUUUUGAAAAAGAAAGAGUUAAAAAUUUGAAAUAAGCUUUUAAGAAAAAAAAAAGAAAAGAAAAGAAAGAUCAUCGAGUAUAAUAUAGUUAUAUAAGGAAGAUAUAUAUAUAUAUGUAUAUAUAUAUUAUGUGUAUGUAUAUAUAAAUAUAUAUAUGUCUUCCCAUACUUAUCCUUGGAGACCUCUCGAUAAUAUCUGAUCUCAAUUAUACAAUCGUGAUAAUUGUUAUUGGGUAACAGAAAAUUAUUGAACGUGUCUCGAAAAAGUAUGAGAGAGAGAGAGAAAGAGAAAGAGAGAGAGAGAAUGAAUGUGCUAAUGAAUUUUCUUUUAAUAUUCUCUUUUUAAUAUACCCACUUGUAAAUAUACAUAAAUAUAUAUUCUACAGAUUUGUAGGUUAUGUAAACAUAAUCAAUAUUGUAUUAUAUUGAUAACAGACGAUUUGUGGUAUAUAUUAUGAAAGCAUAUAAAUAUAUAAAAUAAAUAUAUAUAUAAAAAUAUAUAUAUAUAUACAGAUACAUAUACAUAUAGGAUAAUAAAAAAAAAAAUACUUAUAAUUCAUAAUUUUAAAUGAAAUAAGAUAUUGAUUAAGCCGAUUAGGCCUGUUGUGAAAUACCCAGGUAUGCGGCGUGUCAAUAAAAAAAAGUAUACAAAAGCUACACAGAAAACACAAAAUCCCCCCUGCCCCCGUAUGCGUGUAUAUCCCUUAAUACAGAAAACACAACUUUUACAUUAAUCGUAAUCGCAUAAAUCAAUAUUAAAAGAAAAAAAAAAAAAGUGAAUCUAGGAAAUAUCCAGCAUAUAUUGUAGUACUAGCACUACGCAUCAAAUGCUAAUAUAUGAUGGUAAUUUGCAAUGAAUUUAUGUUAAUUUUUAUUGUUUUCUGUACAAAGACAUAAUUAAACGAUUUCAAUCUCAAA